AUGUAUGACGACAGCUCCGAGAGCGAGGCCUCCGUGUCCAACAAGUUCGUGAACGAUGGGAGCUUCCUGCAGCAAUUCCUGAAGCUCCAGAGGGAAAAAUCCAAUGCUGAAAGCACCCCGAAUCCCCCCGGCAGCGCCCCAUCCCCGGGCCCCGGGAAGCGGCCGGCGCUGCUGAAGCGGCCGGCGCCGGCGCGGAGCCGCGUGCUGCAGGCGCGGAGCCUCGCCCUGCCCAAGGCCGGCCCCGGCCUCCGCCGCCUCAGCGUCUUCCAGGGCCCCGACGAGGACGACGAGGACGACGACGAGCAGUGGCUGGAGAUCAAAGAGGACUCGGAGACGCGGCACGUGGUGGAAAAGCUGGCCAGGUUCGUGGCUGAGGGCGGCCCCGAGCUCGAGAAGGUCGCCGUGGAGGACUACAAGGACAACCCUGCUUUCUCGUGAGUGAGGAGCGACGC